AAAUAGAAGAAGAAGAAGUAGAAAACACAUGCAAGUGCGCUACAUGUUUUCAUAUUUGAUCCAACGUAAAUUUUCUACUGGAAGAAAGUCUAUACUAUAUCACCAGAUGUCUCAAGAUCGGUCGUGACAUUAUGAUCAUUCGGCGUUUCAGUUAAGAGAGAAUCAGUCGACGUUUCUCAUCAGUUAACAUUACUAUGACCUACAGAAACACAGACUGAUAUGAGCAGGAUCAAUUGAUCUUCUGAUGUAGAUAUGAAGCUCAAAGAGCUAGAAAGCUGCCUUCAACAGGUGGAUGGAUUUGAGGAGCCCAAAAUACAGCUGGAGCAGUACCCCACCAGUCCGCAUAUAGCGGGCUGUAUGUUGUACACCAUCCACAACACAUUUGAUGACAUACAGAAUAAACUAGUUGCAGACUUGGGCUGUGGAUGUGGGGUUCUGUCUGUAGGAGCUGCAGUGCUUGAUGCUGGACUGUGUGUCGGAUUUGACAUUGAUGAAGACGCCUUGGACAUAUUCAAAGGAAAUGUUGAGGAUUUUGAACUGUCAAACAUUGACACGGUCCAGUGUGAUGUUUGCUCUAUUGGAUCCUCUUACGCCAAGAAGUUUGACACGGUCAUCAUGAACCCGCCAUUUGGCACGAAGCACAACCAGGGUAUUGACAUGCAGUUCCUGCGGACAGCGAUUUCCAUGGCAAGUACAGCAGUGUAUUCCCUUCACAAGACCUCAACACGAGAUCACAUUCAGAAGAAAGCAAAUGAUUGGAAAGUGAAAAUGGAAGUCAUUGCAGAGCUCAGAUAUGACCUGCCAGCAUCUUAUAAGUUCCACAAAAAGAAGUCGGUUGAUAUUCAAGUGGACUUCAUUCGAUUUACUCCAACAUAAACGGCAAAAAGGAAUUUGUGUUGCUUUGCAAAAUAUUUUUAUUUUUUUAUUUUUUUAUAUAUAUA